CAUUAAACAUGGAACUUGAACUUGUGGUAGGUGAUGAUCACUUAGAAUAAAUAAAUAAAUAAAUUAUCGUUGUUAAUUAAGGUUUAAGCUUAAUAGUGUUAUUUAAAGCUACGUAGUUAAUAAUAAUCAUAAUUAGUAUCCUUGUCUGGCAAGGCUUCUUCUUACUCCACUCCACUGAAGAAAAGCUUUGAAAUUUGACAACCCAUGUCAGAUUGAUUCGCUAUUUGAUUCGAUUCAACUUCUUAUUCUCUUCAUUUCUACACUCAGAUCAGAUCUAACCAAGAGCUAGCUAUAUUAGUAUUAGACAGACAGUCACACCAUAUGUCAGGGAACAAGUAUAGCGGUCUAACUAGAUUAGAAAGACUAAUGAGGGAAAGAGAAUUAAGGAAAUCUAUCAAUUCGAAUGAAGAAGCAAAGGACGGUAGCAGACAGCGAUUGUUGGUUGUAGCAAAUAGGCUGCCUUUUUCUGCAAUUCGAAAGGGUGAGGAACAAUGGCAGCUUAAGAUGGAUGCUGAGAGUUUUGUCACUGCACUUCAAGAAUUUGAUGUUAGAUGGAUUGGUUGGGCUGAUGUAAAUGUGCCUGAUGAGACUGGAAAAAUUGCACUAACCAAAGCUUUAGCUGAAAAGAGGUGCAUUCCGGUAUUUCUUGAUGAGGCUAUUGUUCAUCAGUACAACAAUGGUUACUGUGAGAACAUAUUGUGGCCUCUUUUUCAUUAUCUUGAGGAUCCACAAGAAGGCCUUGCAACCAACCAUAAUUACCAGGCACAAUUCGAUGCAUACAAGAAGGUGAACAAAAUGUUUGCUGAUGUAGUUAAUGAGCACUAUGAGGAGGGAGAUGUUGUGUGGUGCCAUGACUAUCAACUAAUGCUUCUUCCAGAAUAUCUAAAAAGACACAACUAUAACAUGAAAGUAGGUUGGUUUCUCCACACACCCUUUCCUUCAUUAGAAAUUUAUAGAACACUCGCAUCUCGAUCCGAGCUCUUAAGAUCUGUUCUUGCUGCUGAUUUGGUUGGUUUUUAUACAUAUGAUUAUUCAACGAAUUUUACGAGUACUUGUGCUCAUAUACUUGGGCUAGAGGUUACACCAAAAGGAUUAGAGGACCGAGGAAAGCUUACCCGAGUUGCAGUGGUUCCGACUGGCAUAGACCCUGACCAGUUUGUUCGAGUUUUGGAAAUUCCUCAAGUCCAGGAAGACAUGAAAAAACUGAAAGAGAGUCUUGCUGGCCGGAAGAUGAUAUUGGGUUUUGAUAAGCUUGACAUGAUGAAAGGAAUUCCACAACAGUUUUCGGCUUUUAAAAAAUUCCUAGAGGAAAAUCCAAGCUGGCGCGGUAAAGUAGUUCUACUUCAAAUUUCUGUGCCAACCAGAACUGAUGUUCCGGAAUAUCAAAAGCUUCCAAGCCAAGUUCAUGAGAUUGUGGGACACAUUAAUAGGAGUAUUGGAACUCCUGUUCCUAUAAUCCAUCUGGAGCAAAUGCUUGACUAUCACACAAUGUGCACUCUGAAUGCUGUUGCUGAUGUUGCACUUGUUAUUCCUUGUAGAGAGGGAACGAAUUUGGAGUGCUACAAGUUUGUUGCUCUCCAAGAAUCCAAUAAAGGUGUUCUCAUUCUGAGUAAGUGUGCAGGUGCAGUAAAUUCACUCGGUGCUGGCGCUAUUUUAGUAAACCCACUGGAUAUCACAGAAGUUGCUGCUUCCAUUGGUGAUGCUUUGACUAUGAUAGCUAAGGAAAGAGAAAUGAGACAUCAACAUAACUUCAAGCAUGUAACAUCUCAUUCAUCUCAACAAUGGGCUGCAACUUUUGUUAGGAAACUCAACGAAACUAUUGUGGAAGCUCAACGGAGGACUAGGCAAUUUCCACUUCUACUUCCUAUGAAAGAAGUGGUUGAUCGCUAUUCGGAAUCCAGUAAUAGAUUGCUUAUACUGGGGUUUGAUGCCACUUUAACAGAACCAAUCGGCGCCCUUGGGAGAAGAGGUGGUCAAAUUAAAGAAAUGGAGCGUAAACUGCAUCCAGACCUCAAAGAACUACUGAAGAAACUAUCUGAGGACCCCAAAACAACUGUGGUUGUUCUUAGUGGAAGUGACAGAAAUAUCCUAGAUCAUAAUUUUAGUGACUACAACAUGUGGCUAGCAGCAGAAUAUGGGAUGUUCUUGCGUCAUACAGGAGGGGAAUGGAUGACUACAAUGCCCGAGAAAUUAAAUACGAAAUGGGAUGAGAGUGUGAAGCGUGUUUUCGAGUACUUUACUGAAAGAACACCUCGAUCACAUUUCGAGAUUCGUGAGACAUCACUUGUCUGGAACUACAAGUAUGCAGAUAUCCAGUUUGGAAAUCUUCAAGCUAAGAACCUGCUUCAACAUCUCUGUACGGGUCCAAUCUCAAAUGCAUCUGUUAAUGUUGUCCGAGGUAGCAGAACAGUAGAGGUUCGAGCUGUUGGUGUUACCAAGGGUGCGACAAUUGGACGAAUAUUACACGAAAUAGUUCACAACAAAUGCAUACGGUUUGAUUAUGUCCUAUGCAUUGGACAUUUUCUCUCUAAGGACGAAGAUUUGUAUGGAUAUUUUGAGAGACAGCUUCAGUCCAAAAUGCCAACCAAGACGUCUCUACACAAGGACUCAUCAGUUCUUGAUCUCAAGGGUGACAAUUACUUCUCUUGUUCUGUUGAUUUAAAUGGUUCUAGUGCUCGGUAUCAACUCGUGUCAUCAGAUGAUGUUGUCACUCUCCUAAAGAAGCUGCCUUAGACCAUUGAUGCAUCAUGGAUUCGUCGUUGACUGACCAUGUUGGUUUUACUUUAAUGACACUAUUAUGAGUUAAGUUACUUCUAUGCAACAAAUAACCCAAAUGGAAAUGGAAACUGCAGACUAAGCAGCAGAAUCUGAGUCAUCCUCUCUUAAAGGAGGAAGCCCACAUGGCAAAAGCAUUUUCUGCAUAGAAAAUAAGAAAGAUGAAUCAGUAAGAUUUUCAUUAGAAUCUGUAGCUAGAAGACUAAAUCACUAUGCACCAGAACCAGGAGGAAGUGUGUUGGUAAUAUCUUUAAGGAGUUCAGUUAAAUAAUGUUUAAGCAUAUACAAGCUGAUGUUAUCACUUGACUAAUUUUAAGUCCAGUAGUAGAUAUAUUAAAUA